AUGGCGCUUGACAAUGGAGGAGCGCUCUGCGCCUGCCCCUCCCCCGCCCCACCCACAGAGGGCUUGGCCUUCGCGUUCCUCCCAGGCCGGUCGGACCCACGGCUCGGGAAAUGGGCUGCCAGGCACAGCCUCACCACGGAGGCCGAGCUCUUAGAGAAAUCAAUAACCUAUGAAGAAGUGGAUGUUAAUUUCACUCCAGAAGAGUGGGCUUUGCUAGAUCCUUCCCAGAAGAGUCUCUACAAAGAUGUCAUGCUGGAGACCUACAAACACCUUACAGCUAUAGGCAUAAAAGGACACAUACUGGAGAGAAACCCUUUGAAUGUAAUCAAUGUGGUAAAGCCUUUGCAGAUCGCAGUAACUGCCAGAGCCAUAAAAGAAUUCAUAGUGGAGAGAAACCCUAUGAAUGUCAUCAAUGUGGUAAAGCCUUUUCACAACUCAGUAGUCUCCAAAAGCAUAAAA